AUGAGCUUCCAGGACCUGGAGGCGGGCCACGUCCGCGGGGCGCCGCUCGGCGGCGGCCGGAGGAACGGCCGGAGCCCCGCGGGGGCGGCGGGGGGCGCCGGCGCCGGCGCGUCGCAGGCCGUGGCGUCGGGCGUCUUCCAGAUCAACACCGCGGUCGCCACGUUCCAGCGCCUCGUCAACACGCUCGGCACGCCCAAGGACACCCCCGACCUCCGCGACAGGAUACAUAAAACACGGCAACACAUAACACAACUAGUGAAGGAUACAUCAGACAAGCUUAAACAAGCUAGCGAGGCGGAUCAUCGCGUUGAAGUCAGCGCUACGAAGAAGAUUGCUGAUGCAAAGCUAGCUAAAGAUUUCCAAGCAGUCCUAAAAGAAUUCCAGAAAGCUCAACGAUUGGCAGUAGAGAGAGAAGCUUCAUAUGCACCUUUUAUUUCUCAAGCGGGCCUGCCACAGAGCUACAACUCAAGUGAAGUGAACAAUGGUGCUGAUAAGUUGGCAGAGCAGCGCACGCAACUUCUAGAAUCUAGAAGGCAGGAGUUGGUCUUCUUGGAUAAUGAAAUCGUGUUCAAUGAGGCCAUCAUUGAGGAGAGGGAUCAAGGAAUACAAGAGAUUCAGCACCAAAUCACUGAAGUAAACGAAAUCUUCAAAGAUCUUGCUGUGCUAGUCCAUGAUCAAGGAGCAAUGAUAGAUGACAUUGACUCCCAUAUAGAGAAUGCCGUCGUCGCGACUUCGCAGGCUAAAGGCCAGCUUUCAAAAGCUGCUAAAACUCAGAAGUCAAACUCUUCGCUGAUAUGCUUGUUGCUGGUUAUUUUCGGAGUGGUCCUGCUCAUAGUGAUAAUACCAGGAAUGAAUCCUGGUAUCCGCCUGGAGGUAUCCAGGCGGUGA